AAAGGAUGAGAAGGAACCCUGUAAAAGAUGAGGCUGGAAAGGGAGGAUCUGGUGAAGUUGUUCUCUGCAUCCACGGAUUUCCUUCUUCCAGCCAUGACUGGAUCAAGGUGUGGGGAGGACUGCAGGGAAGAUUUGGCCGCAUCAUCGCCUCAGAUUUACUGGGCUUUGGAUUCAGUGACAAACCAUUAGACCACAACUACAGCAUCUUUGAGCAGGCCUCCAUCCUGGAGAGGUUACUUGAGACGCUGGAAGUUAAGGAGGUACACGUCUUGUCACACGACUACGGAGACACCGUAGCCCUGGAGCUCCUCAGGAGGUUUCUUGACCGCCAAAAGUCGCCUGAGAAAGACGCCGCUCACCUGCAGAUCAGGAGCGUCUGUCUGAUGAAUGGAGGUUUUCUUCCUGAGACCAUCACCUUUCAGUGGGGCCAAUAUCUUCUCACAACUUCACUGGGACCCUACUUAUCCAGAUUGGGCAACUUCUACACUUUUAGAGGAGGUGUCGGCAAGGUGUACGGUCCCAACACCAAACCUUCUCCUGAUGAGGUCAACGACCUCUGGGCACUGAUGAGAUGGAAUGAUGGCAACCUGGCACUAGGAAG